CUUGACUAUACAUUUUAUUGCGGAUAGCCCAUUUGCCAAUAGAUUUUUACAAUAUAAAGUUUCAUAAUUCCGAAGCUUUUGAUCUUGUUGUCAAUAAAGAUUGAUAAGGACAAUUUACCAUAAAAUAUAACCAUUAAUCAUCCAGUGAAGCACAAAGCAUUGACCUUCAUUACUUUAUUAACAGCAUACAAUUAAUCAAGAAACGUUUCCUUUAUCUGAACAUUUAACCGAAGGGCAGUCUAGUUAGUAUUACUGAUUAGAUAAGCAUUACUAGUGGUGCUAUAGUGGUAAUAAUAUGAUCUAGCAGUCGUACUCGUAAUUUAUUGGAACGUUUGUAUCCGAGCUUUGGUUCCGUCGAACCGUUUAUGUGUAACACCGGGGCGGCGCUUCGGCGGUCUUUUUUGAUUUCAGAUUUGUUCAGUGGAGACAGCGUGUUUAUGUUUAGCAACCACAAUAAUUAACUCAACGACCACGCUUGUUUUCGCUUUUCCGCUUCCUUACCUUUGAUACCCACUGAUAAAUCUAGGCUUGUUUAUAAAGUCGUGUUAAGAGCCAAACUGAUGUCAUGUUAAGUAACAACUCCUCACUCACGCGAUUGUCAAAGACAGUCCAACUUCUUCAGAAUGAGCACCUCGGGUCCUCCCCUGAAAAAGAAAAGCUACAUGGGGCAGCACCAGAUCAAGAAGAAAAAGGACAUCCAAGUACCUGAUGAGUCUCCAGACAGAGACAGACCGUUGCAGAAAACCCGCUGUGUGUCAGGCAAAUCAGACAGAUCAGAGAGCAUUAGCAGAAGCAGCCUUGUGGGUGGAGGAGCGGUGUUUCCACUGGGAGAAUCCACAUUAGCGCUUGAUGAAGAGAUUCUGCAGGUGUUGGAUGCUGUGGACCCCGUGAGGCCUGUGGCUAACAAUUCUUGUCCAACAGCAAUAAACAGAGGUGCUCUCAGAGAGCCAGCGUCAUCGGCUGUCUUUGCCCCUUCACAUCCUUUCGCACCAGUUGCAGAUAAGAAGAGGGAGGGUGACAGAGCACCUCAGCCCACAGGCCAAGGACCCCAGAGGGCCUCCAACAUCCAGGAGAGAGUCUGUAGGCGAAGUGAUGGUUGUAAGAGAACUGGAUGGAGAGCUGAUUGCCAAGACCUUGCUCAGAUGCUUCUUUUCAGUGAGGAUUCGGAGGAAGCGGAUAAUGCUCAGAAGGGUCCAGGUGGCAUACAGCCCUCACCAGCUUCUGCCUGCAUUAAAGGGCUGUCCUGCCAAGAAAUAAAAAAUGAUCCACAAGAGGGACGGAAAGUUACAUCCAGACAAAAGAGCUCUCCUCGUGGGAAAGACAAAAGUGGGCCAAACAUGACUGCUGACGCACCUCUGGAUGUAUCCAGGGACUACAUCUUGUUCAGCCCCACCGGCCUUGCAGCAGCCUUGAAGAAGGCCAAACUCCUGCAGUCUUUGCAGAAUCAGUCCGCCUCUGUGCUCACAGUUCCCAGUGGCUUAGAUGUCAGUACUCUCGGUGACACGUUACCUCAGCCAGGUGUUGCCCUGCAUGCUCCCUCAGGGCAAGCUGAAAAACUGCUUUUAUCCAGUUGGGGCUUACCAAAACCUAUCCUAGAGCGCUACCAGAAACACAGGGUAACUCACAUGUUCGAAUGGCAGGCUCAGUGUCUCACUGUUGGAAAGGUGCUGCAGGGAGGUAACCUGGUGUACUCUGCCCCCACUAGUGCUGGUAAAACUCUGGUGUCAGAGCUGCUGAUGUUGAAGCGUGUGCUGGAGACUAAAAGAAAAGCUCUCUUCAUUCUGCCGUUUGUCUCUGUGGCUAAAGAGAAGAUGCAUUACCUUCAGAGUAUAUUUGAAGAGGCAGGAGUUCGUGUGGAGGGAUAUAUGGGCAGUACCUCGGCAGCUGGAGGGUUCACCUCGCUGGAUGUGGCUGUUUGCACCAUAGAAAAGGCCAAUUCUCUCAUUAACAGGCUCAUUGAAGAGGACAGUAUGGGUCUGCUAGGUAUGGUGGUGGUGGAUGAGUUACACAUGGUUGGAGAUUCUGGAAGAGGAUACCUGCUAGAACUGCUCUUAACCAAAAUCCGCUACAUUGCACAGAAGCAGAACACCACUGGGUCUCUCUCUGAGGGUGUACAGAUCAUAGGUAUGAGCGCCACCUUACCUAACCUCUCCCUCCUGGCAAACUGGUUAGGCGCAGAACUUUACCAGACAGACUACAGACCUGUACCCCUGCAGGAACAUCUCAAAGUGGGCUGCAACAUCUAUGACAAGAGCCUCUCUGUGGUCCGGCAGUUCAAUCCUGCGCUCCACAUUAAGGGUGAUGAUGACCACAUAGUGAGCUUGUGCUAUGAGACUGUGAGGGAGGGCUGCUCGGUGCUGCUGUUCUGCCCUUCGAAGAACUGGUGUGAGAAACUGGCAGACAGCAUCGCCAGAGAGUUCUACAAUCUCAGACAUGCUGUUCACCAGGGCGAAGCAGAACCUCAGCCAGUGAGUCUGGAUCAGGAGGGACUAGUGGACGUUGUCGCCCAGCUGAGACGAACUCCAGCCGGUUUAGACCCCAUCCUCCAGCGGACUGUGACAUGGGGCGUGGCUUUCCAUCACGCUGGUUUGACAUUUGAUGAGCGCGAUGUGUUAGAGGGAGCUUUUCGCCAGGGCAUGGUCAGAGUCCUGGCUGCCACCUCUACUCUUUCUUCAGGGGUUAAUCUUCCAGCUCGCAGGGUCAUCAUUCGAACCCCUACCUUCAAUGGACACCUGUUGGACCCACUCACAUACAAACAGAUGGCUGGACGAGCAGGGAGAAAAGGGGUGGACACAACAGGUGAAAGUGUGCUGGUGUGUAAGGAGGUUGAGCGUCAGAAAGGUAUUAGUCUCCUCAGAGGUGCUCUUCAGCCAAUCAGCAGCUGCUUGGUGAGAAGAGAGGGAGAGGGUGUCACUACCAGCAUGCUGCGAGCCAUUCUAGAGAUCAUCGUCGGAGGUGUUGCCAGCACUCCACAGGAUGUGAGGUUAUAUGCCUCAUGCUCACUACUGGCUGCCAGCAUAAAAUUGGACAGCAAAAAAGAAUCAAAUGAAGAGACUAACAAAGGAGUUAUUGAGGCCUGUGUUGAAUGGCUGAUGGACAAUGAAUUUAUCAGUAUCCAGAAGGAGGGACAAGAGGAGCGGUACUGUCCGACUCAACUUGGUGCUGCCACCCUUUCCUCCUCCCUCUCCCCUCCUGAAGCUAUGGGAGUAUUUGCAGAUCUCCAGCGGGCCAUGAAGGGCUUUGUACUGGAAAAUGACUUGCACAUUUUGUAUCUGAUCACCCCAUUGUAUGCAGAGUGGACUACCAUAGAUUGGUAUCAGUUCUUCUGCCUGUGGGAACAGCUCUCAUCAUCAAUGAAGAGAGUGGCAGAGCUGGUGGGCGUCCAGGAAGGUUUUCUUGCACGAUCUGUCAGCGGCAAGCUUGUUGCCAAGACAGAGAAGCAGCGUAGGCAGAUGGCUAUUCAUAAACGGUUUUUCACCACACUUGUGCUACAGGAUCUGGUGAAUGAGGUACCUUUGGGAACAGUGGCAUCCAAAUACAACUGCAGUCGUGGACAGUUACAGUCUCUCCAGCAGUCUGCUUCGACAUAUGCAGGUAUGGUAACAGUGUUUUGCAAGCGCCUGGGCUGGCACAACAUGGAGCUACUGUUGUCUCAGUACCAGACCAGGCUGAGCUUUGGAGUCCAGAGGGAGCUGAUCGACCUUGUCAGGGUUUCACUACUGAAUGCAACACGAGCCAGAGCCCUCUACGCACAAGGCCUCUGUACUGUGGCUGAACUAGCCAGGGCUACUGUAGCUGAUGUGGAGAAAGCCUUGAGGAAUGCCGUCCCAUUUAAAAGCUCUAAACGUGCAGUGGAUGAGAGUGAGGUGGAGGCAGCUGAGAGACGGAGCCUCCGCUGUGUCUGGGUCGCCGGCGGUCGGGCCUUGACAGAACAGGAAGCUGCAGUUGAGAUUGUAUCUGAGGCAAGGAUCCUCCUUCAGGAAGACUUGGCCCAAUUAGGUGUUCAAUGGGACCCGACAACACUUCCUUCUCGGGCUCCUGCUGUAAACAGCCCUGAUGACCAUCACAGCAGGAACUCGGACACCUCAUCAGCCUCAUAUCUCAGCUCUCUUGAAGCGCAUUCAGACAAUGUUAAGGAUCACCAAAACGGAGACAGGGUCAAGAAUAGUGAGGGCAAAGAUACUGACAGCCAUAGAAAGGAGAAUAAGCAAGAAUAUAAACAUGAGAGAAGGAUGAAAAUGGAAAAAACAGAAGGAGAAUCCAAGAGAGAGCUGGGGAAGUCCAAACCUGAAGAUCGAAAAUUGGUGGAGCACAGAAAGGAAGACAGGAUAGAGCCAGAAAUCAGACAAACAGGCAAGGGAGAGCAUGCAGAAAGAAGCAUAGGAACAAAAAAAGAUGAGACAAAUAAAAAACUAUUAAUUGCAAAUGAUGAGGAAGACCCACACGAAAACAGAAAAAGAGAAAAGGGCACAAGGCAAGAAGGGAAGACAAGGAAAGGGAUUGUCUCAAUCGGGUCAGAGAGUCAUCAAGCGAGUCAUUCUGUUUCUGAAAGGAGUCUGACACAGGAAUUGACUGAGAUUUUAUCCAGCCCGUUGCAACUGAUGCCACAUCCUCUGCCCUCUUCUUCCCCUAUGCCUCCCCCUCGGUUUAGAGCUCCAAUAUCUCGCAUAGAAGAACAACACAGUGUUCCUCCAAAGAUAUCAAACGGAGAAGAUGCCACAGGGCUCUUUGCCUUACCUGUGCAGCCAAAUAGACUGAAGCACUCGAGGGCCUUGAGCAAAGUCCUCCACUCUAUACAGAAUGACAGAAGCCUGCGAGAUGAUGUACAGACUGCACAGACGUCACACUCAAAACCUACAAGAGCUUCAUCAGUCCAGAAUUCAGCGCCUGCAGCCCAGGUGCCUACAACUGUUCAUGCUCCUGGCCCUGUGCAAGAAAACUCUCCCGGUGUUUCGGCACCUGCAAAGGCAGACAAGCAGGACUCCCCCCUGUCUGUCUCUCCUGCCUCUGUACCCUUAUUCUCUCCUGAGGCCAAGCGAAGAAGGAUAGAUGCUGAAGGGGUAGAUAAGUUUUCAUCUCCCGAGCUGUAUGCAGAAGAUGAAAGAAAUGAUGAAGUAGAGGGAGCUGUUAAAACAGGAGAAGAUAGUUUUGGUGACAGCUUUGAACUGGACACUCAGACAGAAAGAAUCAUUGUUCAGCAGACGUGCCAAAACAGAGAUGGGAAUAAUAGAGGGAUGAAUCGGUCGGUAGAAACAGAAAAGAUAAAAGAAGAAGAAAUAGUAGAAUUGGAUGUUGAGCCGGAUAAGGAUGCAAAUAAGGGAACUAACAGGCUUGAAGCCCCUGACAAUGCAUGUCCCAGAUUCAAUAUUUCCCUUACAGAUAGCCAGAUGGAGCUGAUCCUUAACACCAGUCACCAGGUUUCUCCUGGUCCAGGAGGUGAUAAUGUAAUUGAAGCUGGAGAUGAAGGUGAUGAUGAUGAUGAUGAAGAGGAGGUUCUCGGUGCCGAUCAAGCUGCCUCUGAGAGUGUCAACAGAAGCAGUAGCUUCCUGUUUGACAGCCUGUAUGACAGCUCUCUGCUGGCCGGUCUGAGCCCACACCAGAUUUAUGACCAAUCGGACGAAGAGGAAUCUGUUGUCCAAUGUAUCGGAGACAAGUGCCCUCCUCCGUCAACCCAGGAGCGAAGACGCAGCGAGGUUCUUGCCAAUCAAGAGGCGGAGCAGCAGGAGGCAAUUCAGUGGGGUGAAUCAUCCUUCAAUUUGUCAGAGUGGGGCGACUCACUGUUGGUGGGCGAACACUUUCUGGAGAGGCAGAGCUUCCUCAGGCAUACAGAGAAAACUCAAAAAGAGCCACACGUCAGUCGUUUUAAAGCUCAGCAACACAGCACUGUGUGCCAUGUUCGUCCUGAGGAGCAGCUGUCAGAACCACAACCUAAACCCAGUCAGAUACAGCCACAACCCACUACUACUACAAAUAUCACAGGUCAAAAUGAGCAUGACAAGGAUAAAGCCAGUAACGAUCAAGACCGCACACACAUUAAACACCAUGAUAACGUAUUAAGUGACAAUAAACCAGGUGAGAAACAAAGUGCACCUGAACACGCGUUUUAUUGCAGCCCUGGUUUACAAGAGAUCUUUGACCGCUGGCCUAGUAUGUCUGAUCAGCUCUGGCAGAACACAACAGGCACCACAGCCAGUCAUACACUCAUAAAUGCUGUAAAUAAAGCAGAAGUUCUAGAUCUACCUCAGCCCUCAAUGCAUGCGACUAGAAGAAAUGGAAAGCCAAAUGCGCAGGUUGUUGCUGAUGAGAGUGAUUGUCAAAAAGAACAUUCACUGAGACGUGACAGCGAGGAUGUAACAGAGAGGCCGAGCUCUGCCGGUGAUCUUAUUCCCCCCACUCAAGAGACACCACCUGUCACACCCAGAGUGAGACUGACCACCUUGUCUGUCCAAUCACCUCUCACCGUUCAGCCACUUAACCAAUCAACUCCCUCAACCCUCCUGCAGCAGAAACCAGCAAUCACAAAAUGUCCUGAAUCUCAUCCAGGACACAGUGAUCAUCUAACAGAAGAUGUCACUGACACUAAACAACCUCCUACAUCUGAUGAGAGCCACAAACACCCGCUCGGACAGAAACCAAAGACUGCUCUUGUUUCACACUCAAGUUCAAAAACAAAGACCCAGCUACACACCGACCAGAAUCUCAGCCCUCACCGAGACUGUGCUUCUCCAUCCUCCCAAAGGCCAAAGCCUCCCACUGAUGGAGAAUCACCUGUAACUGAUGAAGGAUUCACUCUUCAGCUGUCCCAGGAUGCAUCAUUCUGUCCCAGCAACUCAGGGACCUUCACCAUCAUUGACGUAGCAAGUGACCGGCGUCUCUUUGACACUUUCAUUAAGGAGUGGAAAACAAAGGAGCGGUGCUCUCUGGCUCUGGCCUGUGAGAAGAGGGAGCCCAGACUGCAGCCCGGGGGGGAAAUAAGAGGAAAACAUGAGAGAGCAUCAGCAGCUCAUCAGCAGCUCCAUGGGGUCGACGGUUUUCCAGUAAGAGGCAGUGAUGGACUGGUGUUGAUUGGACUGUCUGUCUGCUGGGGAGCUAGAGAUGCAUACUAUAUGUCUCUGCAGCAAGAGCAGAGCAAAGGUUUGAGCUCAAGUCUGGCUCCUCCUCCACUGGAUGAUGAGUUGCCUGUAAGUGAGAGGCUGGCACAGGUGAAGACUUGUCUGAGCCAGUCAUCGGGUGGUCAUAGAGGUGUGGUUGUCACUUAUGACAUCAUCCAGGUUUACAAGACGUUAGUGCUGAGCUGUGGCAUCAGCUUGGAGGGAAGCGGCGAAGAUCCCAAGGUUGCAUGCUGGUUAUUGGACCCCGGGAGUGAGGAGAGGACUCUGCCCAACAUGGUGACCGUCUACUGUCCUGAAGAAUUACCCCUGCUGGAUGGACUUGGAAAUGCACACAAGCACUGUCCUCGUGUUAGGGCAGCGACCACAAGUGUGCUCGUACAUGCUGUCAUGAACCAUCUCACUGGCCUGCUAGAAAAAGACGGCAUGCUUGACUUAUUUAGAAGCAUUGAGAUGCCCUCCCAGGUGUGUUUGGCUCUGCUGGAAUUGAAUGGAGUGGGCUUCAGUGUUGAAGAGUGCGAAAGACAAAAACAUGUGAUGCAAGCCAAACUUGCAGCGCUGGAAUCCCAGGCUUACAACCUGGCUGGACACAGCUUCUCCCUCACCAGCAUCGACGACAUAGCACAGGUGUUGUUUUUAGAGCUCCAUCUGCCUCCAAACGGUGAUGUGGGUGGAUUGAAAAGUAAGAAAACUCUUGGUUACACCAGGAGAGGCGGUGGCAAAGUACGACUUGGAAAGCAGUUCAGCACCACCAAGGAUGUUCUGGAGAAGCUUCGCCCCUUGCACCCCCUGCCAGGUGUAAUUCUGGAGUGGAGGCGGAUCACCAAUGCCUUGACUAAAGUGGUGUUCCCCCUGCAGAGGGAGAAGCAGUACCACCCUACACUGACCAUGGACAGAAUAUACCCCAUCGCACAGACACACACAGCCACAGGUAGAGUAAGCUUCACCGAGCCAAACAUACAGAAUGUCCCCAAAGACUUCGAGAUUCACAUGCCCACAGUAGUGGGUGAGAGCCCACCUUCACAAGACAGAAAGAAGAGACGUUCUGUGGUGUCUUCAGUUGCAGCUGACAGUGAAGUACGAGGCCCAGCCUUCUCUGUCAGCAUGAGACAUGCCUUUGUACCCUUUUCAGGUGGGAUGAUAUUGGCUGCUGAUUAUUCUCAGCUGGAGCUGAGAGUGUUGGCUCACCUCUCCAAGGAUCAACGCCUUCUGCAGGUGCUGAAUGGAGGAGCAGACGUGUUUCGCUGCAUCGCUGCUGAAUGGAAAAGUGUUGACCCAGAGUCUGUGAAUGACAACCUCAGACAACAGGCAAAACAGAUUUGCUAUGGAAUUAUCUAUGGGAUGGGAGCCAAGUCUUUGGGGGAGCAAAUGGGAGUGGAGGAGAAUGAUGCGGCCUGCUACAUAGAGAGUUUCAAGGCCAGAUACAAGGGGAUCAAUGCUUUUCUUAGAGAAACUGUGAAGAACUGCAUAAAGAAUGGUUAUGUUCAGACUCUGAUGGGUCGGAGGAGAUAUCUGCCUGGGAUCACUAACAGCAAUGUUCACGUUAAAGCACAUGCAGAGCGUCAGGCAGUGAACACAACCGUACAAGGUUCAGCGGCAGACAUUGUUAAAAUUGCCACUGUUAACAUCCAGAAGCGACUUCGAACUGCAUAUCCUUCCGCUCCACUCUCUCACCGACACACACGCUCAGCCAGCAGUCACCGCAGGGCUGGAACGUCUCAGCUCAGAGGGGCCUACUUUGUCCUGCAGCUGCAUGAUGAGCUCAUCUAUGAAACCACGGAGGAGAAUCUCAUACCGGUUGCACAUAUUGUCAAGAGGGAGAUGGAGUCAGCAGUAAAGCUGUAUGUAAAGCUUAAGGCCAAAGUCAAGGUGGGACCCAGUUGGGGCAAUUUGCAGGACCUGGAUUUAUAAUGUGAAUGUAUGGAUGAAUUGAAACGUAAUCACCGCCUAUGGUUAUGUAAUAUAUGUAUACAUACUGUUAUUUGUGCUAAAGUCAAAUCCAUGUUUUUUUUUUAAAUCACUAAAUUAACAAUAAUGAAAUGUAAGAUAAUCCAGAGCUCUAAAUGAACUAUUUAAUGUAUUUAUGAUUCUAUUUUCUGGUGUACGGUGUUACAAAUGAUACAUGUCAUGAGAUUUUACGUAAGAAAGUAAGGUAAGUUUUUUUUUUUUUGUCCAUUUUGAAAGCCUGUGGCUGCAACAAUUAUUUUCAUUAUUGAUUAAUGCGCUGAUUGUUUUACCAAUUGAUUACACAGAAUUCCUCUAAAAACCUGACGGUGAAAUGACCAUUUUUUAAAUAAAUGUAUAGAAUUUUG